CUCUCCCCACAUAAGUGUAAUGACCCACAUAGAUUCCGUGUUAAUGCGCAUGCGCUGUUACGUCUACAAUUUCCUCUUUUCCUUGGAACUGAUUGUCCAGUGGUAUUAGUUUUUAUUUCACGGACUGUUUUUGCUCAUAAAGAGGAUUUCGAGUGUCUUUUAUGAGUAAUCAAAGGCAGCAGAAGCCUACGCUAACAGGCCAGCGUUUCAAAACCCGAAAAAGAGAUGAAAAGGAGAGGUUUGACCCUUCCCAGUUUCAGGAAAGCAUCAUACAAGGUCUGAACCAAACUGGCACGGAUUUGGAAGCUGUCGCAAAGUUCCUUGAUGCCUCUGGUGCCAAGCUUGACUACAGACGCUAUGCUGAGACUCUAUUCGACAUCCUUGUGGCUGGUGGAAUGCUGGCCCCUGGGGGUACCUUGUCAGAUGACGUGACCUGCACUGAGUUCUGUCUCUUCAAAGCACAGGAGGACAUGGAGACCAUGCAGGCAUAUGCACAGGUUUUUAACAAGCUCAUCAGGCGUUACAAAUACUUGGAGAAAGGGUUUGAGGAGGAGAUUAAAAAGCUGUUGCUGUUUCUCAAGGGCUUCACAGAGUCUGAGCGCAACAAGCUGGCCAUGCUAACAGGAAUUCUGCUGGCCAACGGCAAUCUCUCUGCAUCCAUUCUUAGCAGCCUCUUCAAUGAGAACCUAGUCAAAGAAGGUGUUUCGGCAUGCUUUGCUGUAAAACUCUUCAAAUCCUGGCUUUCUGAAAAGGACAUCAAUUCUGUUUCUGCCAGUCUCCGAAAGGUUGGCAUGGACAACAGGCUCAUGGAGCUGUUCCCUGCCAACAAGCGCAGUUGUGAGCACUUCUCGAAGUACUUCACAGACGCUGGGCUCAAGGAGCUUUCAGACUUUGCCAGAAAUCAGCAGUCCAUAGGUGCUCGGAAGGAGCUGCAGAAAGAGCUUCAGGAGCAGAUGUCACGUGGGGACCCCCUCAAAGAUAUCAUCGCCUACGUCCAAGAGGAAAUCAAGAAGAACAACAUCUACGAGCAGACGAUGAUUGGACUAAUUUGGUCCAGUGUAAUGAGCUCCGUGGAGUGGAACAAGAAGGAAGAGCUAGUCACAGAACAAGCCAUCAAACUUUUAAAGCAAUACAGCCCACUGUUGAAGGCUUUUACCUCCCAGGGCCUCUCUGAACUUACUCUCCUGCUGAAGAUCCAGGAGUACUGUUACGACAACAUCCACUUCAUGAAGGCCUUCCAGAAAAUUGUUGUACUGCUCUACAAAGCGGAUGUCUUGAGUGAGGAGGCAAUUCUGAAAUGGUACAACGAAGCCCACCUAGCCAAAGGAAAAAGCGUUUUCCUUGAACAGAUGAAAAAGUUUGUUGAAUGGCUCAAGAACGCAGAGGAAGAGUCCGAGUCAGAGGAAGAGGAGGCAGACUGAGGACCUCUAGCUAUAACUACCAUUUUCAUUUGUAUGUUUACAUCAGCAUAGCAUCAGAUGCAGUAGAACGAUUUGUAACAAAAGUCUGUCAAUAUUUCGUUUUUUCCUGUUCUAUUCCCUACCUCCUCACAUCUAGUUGAACUGUAAUGUAAGGGCUUUCAUAUUGUUUUUAUUUUCAACAUGGUUUCUGUCAGAAUCAGUACUCUUUAUACCUUAAGGAGCUGAUCACAUUUAGCUAAAAAGAUCAACACCCCUUUCAUGUAACAAAGGGGGACUUUUCUUUGGAUAGAUGGUUCCCUUUAAAAUUAGCCAGUAUGGGGGCAUAUUUCUGAGCUAUUGUAUUUAGUCAUGGGACUUUUAUUUGCCAGAGGUCCAUCUGUGCAGCCAUGAUAUCUUGGUCCUCUGAAAGGCAAACUGUUUUUGUAACCUCAUUUUACAUUUCUGCCAAUUAUGUGACAACUUUUUUAGAUUCUGUCUCCAUUAUUGGUUAUGGAGAUGUGCCAUUUCAAACAUGCAAUGGUGAUGGUUGCAGAUGCCCCAUAAAACAAACUUUAAUUGUUCUAUACAUCUUAUGUAACAGAACCAUGCUAGCUUUGUCAUUUUUUUUCCCUUUUACCAUACAGUUUGACUUUUUAAAAUAAAAUGGAAAUUAAUGGUUUUCA